ACCUCUGCUAUUGGUAGUAUAAAUAAAAGCGAACUGCUUUUCAUGCCCGGCAAUUCAGUCGAUGGCUGAGUCCUCGUCCACUGGUCAUCAUCUUCUUGUGUGAAUGACAGUGAAAAUUACGUUGCUUGGAAUUUGGGAAAGGAUCUGGUUUUCGGUUUUCCUUGUGGAGGCCCAUUAGUCAAGCAUCAAGAAAAGUUAUUUAUAUAUAGGAGAGCAAGCCCUUCACGUCAGCACGUAGUCCUUAAGAUUGAGUCGAAGGGGACGCCUGUAUCUCCGAGAUUCUUGUUCUUCUUCUCCGGCGAAGGAACGGGAAAGUGCAGAGCGAGACAUGGCUUCCUGGAAUUCAGUUCCACUCGAACUCGCGUACCAAGCAUUGGGUUGGUUCGCUUUUUCCUGCUGGUCCAUCAGCUUCUACCCUCAAGUCUUCUUGAAUUUUCGCAGGAAAAGUGUUGUGGGGCUCAACUUUGAUUUCGUGCUGUUGAAUCUGACAAAGCACUCUUCCUAUCUCAUCCACAACGCCUCUAUGUACUUCAGUUCCGCUGUUCAGAAGCAGUAUAUUGAGGAAUACGGUUCUGGAGAGAUGCUACCUGUGGCGGCAAAUGAUGUUGCUUUCUCCGCCCAUGCUGUGCUAUUGACUGCAGUUACCUUGUUCCAAAUUCUAAUCUACGACCGUGGAACUCAGAAAAUCUCCAAACUUGCCAUUGGAAUUGUCUCUGUAGUAUGGCUUACUGCUGCAGUUUGUUUCUUCUUGGCUUUGCCUACGCGCUCCUGGCUUUGGCUUCUCACUGUAUUCAACACGAUUCAAGUAUGUAUGACAAUUCUAAAAUAUAUUCCUCAGGCAAUCAUGAACUUCAUGAGAAAAAGUACGGACGGCUUCAGCAUUUCUAACAUUCUACUCGAUCUUUCUGGAGGCAUGGCAAACUACGGGCAGAUGGUUGUGCAGUCCAUGGAUCAAGGUUCCUGGAACAACUUCUAUGGGAACAUAGGAAAAAUGAUGUUGUCUCUGGUGACUGUAUUCUUUGACACAUUUUUCAUCUGUCAGCAUUUCGUUUUGUACCCUGCCAAGAAAACUUACAAAACUGUGGCGGAUCCUGAGAAAUCUGAGGAGGAAAUCAAAGUGCAUCUCAUGCAGUGUUCCGAUGAACCGCCGGUGGUGGCGAAUGUAUAGAGCUUGGUAUACUGGAGAAUUGUUUGUGCAAAGCCUUCCAUUGGAAAUCCAGGAUGGUUGUUUACAUUAUUAUUCCAUACAACAGCAGAAACAUCAAUUUGGGUCUGCUAGUUAUUGAAUGAAUGGUGUAUAUUUUUAAAAGAAUGAUCCCUAUUCCUCAUAGUAUGAAUGCUGUAUAUUUUCAAGCAUCAUCCCCCGUGAUUGUUACAGUGUUUGUAUCAUAAUGCAUCACUAUCGACCAAAUGAAAUGGUUAUUCUUUUGUUGUC